UUGGUGUAUUUCCGUAUCCGAAGGUUCCUCCCAGGCUUGGUUUCCACCCGGAACAUUAAAGAGCCGUACACGGUCGUGAAUGUCUUUCAGCUUCUGUGAUUAAGGAGGGUUCUCGUAUUGUGACUCUAAUAAGGACCUUCCAUCAUGUUGUGUGUUUCCAUGAUGGCUGUGUGGAGAUCCUUUCAGAACUGUUUACACUACAAACCCUGUAGAUGUUCACUUAAAUGGCUGAUGGGAAACAUAGUCCAUAGAACCUGGACGUCCUCUGGUCCCCUAACAUCCAGAUCACGAGAAAGGGUCACCCCUGUUUUCACCAAAGCCUUGGCUUAUGAAGACAAAGUGGCUAUUAUAGAUAAGGACAGGAACCACAGCUAUAACUGUUUGUACCACAGUAGUAGAGGCCUAGCAGCACAGAUACACCAAGCAUUAGCCUGCCACUCAGGAGAUCUACAGGGCAAGCGCAUUUCCUUUCUGUGUGCCAACGAUGCUUCCUACACGGUGGCUCAGUGGGCGACGUGGAUGUGUGGUGGCACAGCCGUGCCGCUCUACAGAAAGCACCCAGUUGCUGAGCUCGAGUAUGUCAUCUCAGAUUCUCAGAGCUCACUGUUGCUGGCUGGGAAGCCUUACACUGCCAUGCUGGAGCCUCUAGCACAGAAACUGGGGCUGCCAUGUUUGCAUCUCCCUCACACUUCCAGCUUGGACGCACUGCACGCAGCAGAGCCACAAAGCCAGUCUGAAGAGCUGAUUUCUGAUUGGGCAGAGAGGCCAGCCAUGAUUAUUUACACCAGCGGAACGACAGGAAGACCGAAAGGAGUCCUGCACACACACGGCAGCCUGCUGGCGAUGGUCCAGGCCCUGGUGAGUGAAUGGGCUUGGAGCAGAGAUGAUGUGAUUCUGCACACAUUGCCCCUCCAUCACGUGCAUGGCAUUGUGAAUACGCUCAUGUGCCCGCUGUGGGUGGGGGCCACCUGCAUCAUGCUGCCGGACUUCAGCCCUGAGAAGGUCUGGGAGCAGUUGCUGAGUUCCCAGUCUCCAGCGGUGACCGUGUUCAUGGCCGUCCCCACCAUAUACUCUAAACUGAUCCAGCACUAUGACCAGCACCUCACACAUCCACAUGUACAGGACUUCAUCAGAGCUGUGUGUAAAGAGAGGAUCCGGUUGAUGGUGUCGGGUUCGGCCGCUCUCCCCCAGCCCGUUCUGAAGCGUUGGAGAGAGGUCACGGAUCAUGUACUGCUGGAGCGCUACGGCAUGACUGAGAUUGGCAUGGCACUGUCCAACCCGCUGAAUGGACCACGAAUCCCCGGUGCAGUUGGAGCUCCGCUCCCUGGUGUUGAAGUGCGAAUCGUCAUGACAAACAUAAGCAACACUAUCAUCGCCGAGGGCGACAGCAAGCACACACGGGUAAAGCCUGGGCUGGAGGGGCGGGAGGGUGAGCUGCAGGUUCGAGGCUCCUCUGUGUUUCAGGAAUACUGGAAUAAACCACAGGAGACUGAGGACAGCUUCACUGAAGAUGGCUGGUUCAAAACUGGGGACACCGCGGUCUACAAAGAUGGAGUCUACUGGAUCAUGGGACGCACUUCUGUAGACAUCAUAAAGAGCGGCGGCUACAAGAUCAGCGCUCUAGAUGUGGAGCGCCACCUGCUGGCCCACCCUGACAUCACAGAUGUGGCUGUAAUCGGGGUGCGGGACUCCACCUGGGGGCAGAAGGUUGUAGCGGUUGUGCAGAUGAAGAAUGGGAAGACUAUCAGUCUUCCUGAGCUGAAGGCCUGGGCCAGAGAGCACAUGGCCUCGUACACAAUCCCCACUGGGCUGAUUGUGGUGGAGGAGAUGCCUAGGAACCAGAUGGGGAAAGUGAAUAAGAGAGACCUGCUGCGCCAGUUCUUCCCCCACUGACAGUCUUCUCCAUUCUCCACUCCUCCACCCUACCCGCUGACCUGGGGUCAGUGCUGUGGGUUUGUGUUACACGGUGGAAGUCUUGGGUGGCUGAUCCAGGAUCAGGUCAUGAAGAGGAACACCAGCGGAUUCAGCGAAGCUCCAGGUUUACCCUAAUCUCUGGUGAUCAGAGGGAACUGUGCACACAUCACCUGUACACCUGCUUAAUUCUGUCUGUCAAGUAAAGCAGCACUCUUGGCUCUCAGCUCCUGUAAGGAAGGAUUAUUAACAUGACUGAAGAAUUUAAAGAUUCAAGUCACUGUAGGUUGGUUUAUUUUAGUAAUUAUUAAGUAAAAUAUUAAUCAUUUCUUCCUUUGAAUUUUUAAUAGUGCAUCUUUUAAACAUUAAACGAAUUGCAUAAUGUUGUUUGUUGCCUAGCAGCGUUAGCCAGCCAGGCGAAUAGAGCAUAAGGGCAACUCAUUAAGGUAGAGGUGUGUGUGUGUGGGGGGGGGGGGGGGGGUACAAGGAGAGAGAAAGAGAGAUGCAGCUGCUAUGACGACAGAGCUCUAAAAUAAAAUCGUUAUUAAUUGUU